CGCGUCGGACCUUCUCAACGCCUAAACUACAUUACCCAAAAGACCAGUCGCGGCUGGGGUGGGGUGUGUGUGGGGGGAUGUUGGGUACGUUAUUUUGGAAACCGCACGGGGGCGCGCGAGAGGUUGCCAGUUAUUGCGUACUGAUCGCGGGUGACGCCGGAGCUCCGCGCGCGGACGGGCUCGGUGAAGAAAAAAAAAAAAAAGGCGCAUUUACCAAGUUUCAGUAUGUUGUUAAGAAUCGUUGGUACGUAUUUGAGCCGCGUAUUUUCUGCCAGCAUCGUCGCCACCGCAGCCUAGAACUCUGUUCAUGGUGUGAGAGCGGAACAAAGGAAGAAUUUCGGAGCUCCAGGAGUUUUAGCGACUAGGACGUUCUGAAGAGCGAGGAGGGACCGCGAGAAGCGGCCGUUAGCAGCCCUGCUAGCCGCUCCUCGACUCGGGCUUUGACAGUUUGGAGCAGGAGGCGACGGACCGUGCGUGGAGCCUCGAUCGCCGCCCUCUCCCUCAUUUCUGUGGCUGAAUAAAGAAGCGCGACCUGUGUCGUCCUACUAGCGCCACCGAGUGAGAGUCCCGGCCGGCGCUGGCGCUCCGGGGAGCCGGGCAGACGGAGGACGCAGCCCGCCGCCAGUGACGAGGCCCCGGGGACAAUGCUGGGAAUCAUGGCGGAGCACCAAGAUUCAAUACGGAAAUGCAAAACGGAGUCUUUGCCCCCGGAGAGGAGGAAGAGGACAGUGGAGGACUUCAACAAGUUUUGUAGUUUUGUUUUGGCCUAUGCUGGUUAUAUCCCCUCGACCAAAGAGGAGCGCCCCUGGUCCCCAGCCCCUUCCAGUUCCCCUCAUGGCUCUGGAGCCUCAGCAGAGGGUGGAGUUUCGACGGUCGGUGCCAGCUGGUCCGAUGGGGGCUCGGACCUACGCACUAUCCACACGUUCGUCCGAAAAGCGCGCGCCAACAAGGGCAAGAGCCUCCACCGGCUGCAUUCAGACAGCUCCCUGCUGGAUAAGAUGCGACUUAAGGACUCCCUCUAUGAGAGACAGACAGGGGGCAAGGCAGAGCGCAAGAAGGACAGGAAGCUGAAGAAGCUGUCCCUUGGGGGUGGAAGUGGAAGUGGAGGGAGUGGGGGUGACAAAAGAGCACGCAUCAAGCGCAGCAAAAACCCCAAGCCUCCCAAAAGCCUGAAAAAACUCAAGAGUUCAGUGAAGAGCGAGACUGACUCAGAGACAGGUCCCUCCCACAGGGAGGAGUUAGACACAAGGGAGGAGCUAACAGAGCAGAGCACACAGCUUCCCAGGGAGGAUCUGAAGGAGAUGUUAGCUGAGGAGUCCACCAGAGAGGCAGAGAUGAGCUCCAGUGAGGGAGAAACCUGGAUUGCAGAUGAGGACAUUAUGGUGGAGUCAGGCGAUGACUCAUGGGACCUGAUCACCUGUUACUGUGGGAAGCCGUUUGCUGGGCGGCCCAUGAUAGAGUGCAACCAGUGCGCUGUCUGGGUGCACCUCUCCUGCGCCAAGAUCAAGAAGUCCAACGUGCCCGACAUUUUCUACUGCCACAAGUGCAGAGACUCUCGCCAGGAUCGGCGCUCUGGACACAAGAAGGACCCCUGAGGGCUGCUCAUGGGGAAAGACUGUUGCACCUCUCCUGUUCCUCUGCAUUCUGAGAAGAGCUACUUAUCUGCAGUCCACUCUGUUUCUAAGAAACCAGUCUUGACCAGGCCAAGUCACCUUCUGAAGCACUGCCGUCAAGCCUUCUUCCCCCACUGAAGAAGCAGGCAUAUCCCCACUGGAGGUGAUUUCUCAGCACUUCUGGGCAACCCUGCACCAUUGGUUUGAGUCACAGCUAUCCACUGUAGUCUGUGAGUUUUAACUGAAGUUUACUUUUUCUGACGACUGCUGUUAGAACAAUUUUGUUUGGUCAGUCAGGGUGUCAAUCAGACUGGGAGCAAAUGCCGGAGUCCUAAUCGAUUGGCUCUCAGCGUCACUCAGAUCAGCUUCUCCCUCUUAAAGGAGACGUGGUGAGGAAUCCGGCGCUUCGCACUUGUGUGCACAUGCACAUAAGCAGCAAAUAAAAGCCAUAUCCAUGAGUGUACCCUCCUCCCGUUCCCCCAGCCCAGGCGUCAAGGGAGUGUUUUAAUUAGUUUCCGUAGUGUGAGAGUCCAGUUACUUUACUCUGACUUCAUGACUUGUGAAUUCUUUGCAAAUAGGGAGCAACUUUAGGUUCUCAAAAUUGGGUGGAUCAAUGUGCUGAUGUAGAAUUUGCUUUCUCAUCCCUGUUGCAGCAGAUAAAAAUCCAUAUUUCAGAGUACUGGGAUAACUUAGCAUCAGUGAUGUAAAGAGCAAUGUUGAGGUUCUUUUAUAAAAAAGUGACCAGGAAGAGGUCCUUGUUUUCAGAGUUUGGUUUAACCAGAGCAUGAUGGGUUUAACAAGAAAUAUUAGCCUUUUGAGCCUAAUGGUAGAUGAAACCUAUAUUUGGGGCUCUAAAAUCUUUUUUUAGCCAUUACAGUUGUUGGAUAACGGAGACGUGCGCUAUGGAACGCAUGUCAUCUCAUCUGUACAGUAUUUCACUGUUUUACCAUGAACGGUCAUGGUUAUAGCUAAUGGUUAUUUUAAUUCCGAACAUGGCUUAUUUCUGCAUCAUCCAACCCGGUUUAUGUAAAGUAUGCUAAAGUAGAAGUUUAGGUUCUUGAGUGAAGACUAUUAUAUAUACUUAAUAGGUCUUACAAAUCAGGAAAGUGUGUGUCAGGGCUCUGUCUUUUGAGGGAAGGUGGUUCCUCAGUAUCUGGUUAUUCCCUAAACACUCAUAAUCUUGAUUGUGUUUUAGUUGCCAAGGCGACAGGAUUUGAGAUCAAGUUAUCCAGUUUAAAUGGGUUUGUACUGUUCCUGGGGUGCCAAAGUGUAGCACCUUCCCCCCCUAAGAUGAAUCUAAUUUGUGCGCACACAAUGACAACUUUGUCAGGUUAUCCAGAACUUAAUUGGCCGUUAAUUUGCAGGGGGGUAAAGUAGUGACAGUCGCACUGGAUUCACUUUCUUGGGCUUCGGUGUAAAGAGGCAAAGAAAGAACAAAAGCAUUAAGUUGGUCUUGCACUAAAAUGUAAUUCCAUUCUGUGGUGUUGUACUGAAUUAAGUCUCCAGAACAGUGUUCAUGUCCAUUAGAGGGGUUGGACUAAAUAAAGUUGGCAAAAUUCAAUGCUGUUCAUGUUCCACUAGAUGGCAGAUUCUCAUUAUUUAGAAGAGAACAUCUGGCUCAGUGUCUGUUUCAAUUCACAUGCUUGUAGAAAAUAAAAACAAAAACAUAUAGAGCGGGUGUCUGUGAGGCUUUUUGUUUUCACACGAACCAAUCAUGUAGACGCAUUUUAGUAAUCUUGAGUUUUUCUAUAAGGUUACAGUUUCGAGAACCUUGUGGUCAAGAGUGGUUGUGUGAAACUUAUUGAGGGGAGUGAAGAGACCAGAGCAGAGCAGAGCAGAGGAGAGGGGGACGUGUACACUUGUAAUUUAAUUAUUUUGCUUUUAUUUGUCCUGUAAAGGUAGUUGUGACUGCUCUUGAAACUGAGGCAAUGGUAACUUUCAUAAAUGUCUCAUCAGUCUUUUAAGUUAUUUUGUGUCUAGGAAAUUAGUUAACUGCUCUUUGCAUUCAUUUUUUUCUGGGGUAGAUGGUAAUAAUUGGAGAAAAAAGGCACAAUCUGCCUGCCCCACUGCUUGACCCCCAUUUUGCUGUACAUUUCCCACACUGUCCUUCCAAUAUUUGUAAAUAUGUCAAUGAAGAGGGAAAAGAAGCCAAGAAAAUUUUAUUUUUGGCAUUAUGUUUUCUUCAAUAACUGUAGCUUGAGAAAUAAAACUU